UGCGGGGAUGUGUGGCAGGGAUUUCUAGACCCGUCACCAGCAGGCCUGCCCCUUCCAUCAGGGCGUCUGCAGAGGGUCGCCCCUGGUGGGCGGCUCUCGAAUCUUGAAGGACAGCUCGAGAACCCAGACCGCCGCGGAGUCCCGGUGGCCCGCGCUGGGCCGGCGGGAAGAUGGCGGCGGCGUCGGUCUCCGCGGCUUCUGAUUCUCAGUUCUUGAACAUCCUACCUGAACCAUCAAAGUCUGAGGGAAGUGUGGCUCUCCAUUCAUCUCCCUAUGUGUUGUACCCACCUGACAAGCCUUUCCUUAAUAGUGACCUGCGACGCUCCCCAAAUAAGCCCACACUUGCCUAUCCAGAAAGCAACAGCAGAGCCAUAUUUUCUGCCUUGAAGAAUCUUCAAGAUAAGAUUCGGCGCUUGGAACUUGAAAGGAUUCAGGCAGAAGAAAGUGUGAAGACCUUGUCCAGAGAGACGAUUGAGUAUAAGAAGGUGCUGGAUGAACAGAUACAAGAGAGAGAGAACUGCAAGAACGAGGAGUCAAAGCACAACCAAGAGCUAGCGUCCCAGUUGUUAGCUGCAGAAAGUAAGUGCAAUCUUUUAGAAAAGCAGCUGGAGUACAUGCGAAAUAUGAUAAAGCAUGCAGAAAUGGAGAGGACAUCUGUCCUGGAGAAGCAGGUUUCCUUAGAAAGAGAGCGACAGCAUGACCAGACACACGUUCAGAGUCAACUUGACAAGCUGGACCUCCUUGAACAGGAGUACAGCAAACUCACUGCCAUGCAGGCCCUUGCAGAGAAAAAAAUGCAAGAGUUGGAAGCAAAGCUCUGUGAAGAAGAGCAGGAAAGAAAACGCAUGCAAGCGAAGGCAGCUGAGUUGCAGACUGGUCUAGAAACAAACAGAAUUAUCUUUGAGGAUAAGACAUCUUCAUAUGCUCCCAGUGCAAGAAAAAUGAAAAAAAAAAAGUCAAAACCAGCAGAAAAGAAAGGUCCUAGGAACUAUUUCAGCUCACAGCCACAUUACAGAUUGUGCUUGGGUGAUAUGCCGUUUGUUGCCGGAAAGUCUACCAGCCCCAGCCAUGCCGUGGUGGCCAACGUACAGCAUGUCUUGCAUCUGAUGAAGCAGCACAGCAGGGUGUUGUGCAAUGACCGAGUGGUGAAUAGCCUGCCUCUGGCCAAGCAGGCGCCUUCCCGCAGCAGCAAGAGCAAGAAGCUGGGGCCGCAGCCCUCCUCCAGCACUGUCAGUGAGGAGCUCUCUGAUGUCCUGCACACCCUGCAGGAUGAGUUUGGGCAGAUGAGCUUUGAUCACCAGCAGCUUGCGAAACUUAUCCAAGAGUCACCAACCAUUGAAGUGAAGGAGAACUUAGAGUGUGAACUGGAGGCUUUAGUGGGAAGGAUGGAAGCAAAAGCCAACCAGAUAACUAAAGUUCGAAAAUACCAAGCCCAGCUGGAGGGACAGAAGAUGGAUAAGCAGCAGAAGAGGGAGUCAAAACCGACAAGAAAGACUCUUGAAGAAGAAGGAAACAGCAGCAGCCGUUCCUCUGGAGUCACGGGGACCACAAGUAAGAAGGAUUUUGCCAAACUGAGACCUGGAGAAAAAAGCAGGAAAAAUCUCCAGUUACUGAAGGACAUGCAGACCAUACAGAACUCAUUACAAAGCAGUAAUCUGUGUUGGGAUUACUGACUGGGACCGGGUCAUAAUUGUAUUCAGAUUUUCUGCUCCUUACCAGUUUGAGGCUGACAGUUUACUUUCCAGGUUUCAUACUUGGCUGGUGUUGAAUUAACUCAUAGCAGGUGGUAAGGGGGCCCAGGCUUCAUCACUCAGGCUUCUGGUGUAAUGGAGCACAGCCUGCGGUGCCAUUGGAGUGCAACCAACAAGUUUUAAAGUCUGAAAAGUCACUGUUUGAGAUGAAUUUGCUGUACUGAUAUACUGCACUUUGUAAACAAAUGACCAAUUUUUUACUUGUGGGUGUGGUUUUUUAAAAUAGUUCUUUGUAUGUAUACACACAGAAUUAGCUGCCACCCAGGGGAUGUUUUCUUGAAAAGUCUCAUUUUUAAAUCUUCCCCUGCCAUGAGGUAACCACUUCCCCUUUUCCAAACAACCAGUAAGUGUGCUGUGUGGACUGUUGAUGGAGCUUUUCUGUAUUUAAGUAUUUAUAUAUUUAAGAGCAUUUUUGUUUUCCUUUUUUAGUUCUUCCAGUAUUAAUCAUAAUUAAGUGCAUGUGUACUGCUUUUUAAUCUGCUGUUAAAAAUUUUUUAAAGAUUCAAGCAAUCAUUUGAAAUCAGCUACCUGUAAAAAGGAUAAAAGCAUUUUUUAAAUUAUAAACAAAGUUUUAAGUAAUUGACAUUUUGUAAUCAAGUGAAAGAAGGGAGAUGUGAAACAUGUCCAUUUUACAGUUCUGGAUAAUUUCUGUUGUAAUUGUUACUCACUUGGUGCGUUGUGCUUUUUAAUCUUGAAACUUAUGAGUCCCUGGAAUAUUUUUUUUGGUGUGCACUGUGAACUAUACACACAUAAUUGUCAUAUCAAUGUAAAUUACAAUUUUGAAUAGAUCAUGACAUGUUCACUUUUUAUAAAUUUGUCACUGAAAUCAAUAAAGUAGCCUUUUUAAGGAAACACUGAAACUUUCCAUAACAGCCUGUUCAGAAAGGCUUUGUUCUGUGUGAACUCUCAAAAAACGCAUUGGCUGGCAGAGUGGCUCAAGUGGUAGAACAUCUGCCUAGCAAGCAUGAGGCCCUG